GCCUUCUUCAAAGGAGCCGAGUGUGACAACAAAAGCAGAAGUAAGCCAGCAGAAGAAAACCGCAGAAAAGGAUGGAUGUUCGGAGUUUAGUGAAAAUGAGGAGAUAACACUCAUGUUUCUUUGUUUUAUUAAAUGUGUCCGUUCUGUCACUGCAUGCUUUAUUAUUGAACGCCGCUCACAAACUGUUUUUAUGUCAGGCCUGAUCUAUUUAGUAGGUUAGGAUAUGUCACGUCAAAUGUCAAGCAUUUAGAAGAAACUUCGAACUUCUUUCUGUUGGACGCAGUUCACUCCAUUUCUAUUUCAGUGCAGGAUAAACAUUCUAUCAAGCUAUGGCUAUCUUUGGAGACGCUCUGGAAGAAGUUAAUCGUGUUGGUGUGUCUUGCAUCAUCACUCUUCAAAACCUAUUUCCCGGCUGCGAUGAAUUGUUCCAUGCGAUAACAGAGCUCGGCAAUUCAGCUCAUUCAUUCAGCCUCCUUGUCCCACUUGCUGCAGCUCUUGACUUACAACUUUCUUGUGAUCUUCUGGUUGUUUGUCUUGUUGGCGAAUGGCUCAACAUCUUGAUGAAAUGGACUUUUAUGGAAGGUCGACCCUAUUGGUGGGUCAAAGAAACAGAUAUAUAUGAAACAUAUGGAAUAACUGCACCAGUCAUACAACAGACAUCUCACACAUGUGAGACAGGAGCUGGCUCACCAUCAGGUCACUGUAUGCAUGCAGCUGUUGUUGGUUUUGUCCUGGCCAAGUGGAUUAUUGCCAAAUUUCCAAGACCCAAUGCACCAUAUUAUCGUAGAUUCAUUUGGAGUGUGUAUGCAGUUAUUCUGUUGCUCAUUGGUUUGUCAAGAAUGUACAUUGCGGCCCAUUUUCCACAUCAGUGUGUGCUGGGAGCUGCUAUUGGCAUUCCAUUGGCUUGGGCCUUGACCUCUGAAAAUAGCUCCUUAUGCCGCUGGUGGAAAAAUUCAGGCAGAGCACAUUUGAUGUUUGCCGCAUCAGCGAUUGCAACCUUAUCCUGUGCUGCCUACUGGCUCCAAAGAGCACUUGGUGUAGAUCCUCAAUGGUCUGUGAAGCUUGCUUUCAAGUGGUGCCAAUCUCACCGUAAUCUACAUGUUUCCACCACAAACGUGUUUGCACUGGUCCGUGUUUGCGGGUCAGCCUUUGGCUUUGCAAUUGCCUGUCCGUACUCCAAGAGGCUUGUAAAUAAACGUCUGAGUAUUCCUUUUGGUAUGCUGCUGGCACUUCUUCUAAAUGUAGCAGUGCGCAGUGUGCAGAAGUCUAUUCCAACAGCAAAUGUUUACACAUUUUACUCUGCUCACUUUUUCCUGCAUGCUGGCUUGCCACUUCUUGUCCUUCUUUACUUUCCUAAACCAAACACUAAUAAUCCUGAAAGAAGCGCUUCCUCGUUGUCUUCUUCUUCUGACGCAAACAGGCGAGCGUCACCACGGGAAACAAGAGCCAAGUAUGACUAGUCUGUUUCCAAGUUACAACUGUAGUCUGUGGAGGUUUAGAAACAUUUCAAUCUGGUGGUAAUUUUAAAGCCUGGAAGUGUUUCAUAACUUUAGUGUGAUAUUUGGAAAGAAGCACAAAAAUAAGGUAGUAGCAAGUCUCUUUACUGAAUAGUCUUGGAAAAUGUUAAAAUGAUUGUGUUAUAAUUUAUGUGUUUCCAAUGGACUAGGAGAGUAAAUUUUGAGCAUUACAUUGUAAACUGUAACAGUCUCCACUCUUGGAUGUGAGUAGACACAAUAAUUGAGUUCAAAAAAAAUAAAAUUGCCUGCUGUGUUGCUUUUACUAAAGUACAAAGCCUGCCAAGGAUGCAGGAACUAGUCAUGUAAAUAAUCCUUACAUUCCAUUUUCGAUGUUCCUUAUGUAAAAUUUGUGCUUUAUUUUGACUCUGCUCCCAAUCAGGUGGUUAAUUUGAUUGGGCCUCUCAGAGUUGUGACUUUUGCUACUGUGAUUAAGUUUAAAUUUAAAAGAUAAAAUAAAUGUGAGUAAAUGCAUUAUCUGAUA